AUGUAUCGCCAGAGCAUUGCAGGGCUGGCGCUCGCGGCUGCGCUGGCAGAGAUCCAGCCUGCCCUGACACCGCGCCAGGAAGAGGAGAUAUGGCGCGUUUUCGACGCGGCAAUGCAGGCCGCGGUUGCGGACGCGCCUCUAAUGUCGCACAUCUCCGUGCAAACCCCACCACCUAGCUCCGUUGGCGGAGGCGGCUACGCCGCGGUGACUUCGACCGCCUCAGAGUUGUACGUUCCUGCCGGUGCUGAAGACGGCGGCGGAAUGGAUGUUGAGGAGCGGGCAGUCGGAAAGCCCACUGCAGCGUCGCAGGACGGUGAGACACCGUUUGAGGACAGCCACAUCGCCUUUCCUGUGUACCGCUUGAUGGAUGACGAGUGGACGCUGCUGCUGAAAGACCCGACGGUAGUGGUACGGAACGAGCUUGGCGUGUCCGAGAAGAUCCAACUGGACUACCUUCGAGUGCGCCUCAAGGACGUUGGUGCCCAACCGGGUGCCACGCAGGCGAAGCAAGUUCAUACAGUGCGGGAGCGCCGGGUGUGA